GGAGAGACCUGCACCAUGGAAAGCAAGGGACUAGUGAUAGUGGAAGACAUGCUUUAUUCUUGAUGGAAGGAAAAGCAUCUCGCAGAGAAAAGAAAUUUGGAGCAAGGGAUUGAUCCGCUUGACUCCUUCCACGUGAAGUUCAUGUCACUGAUUAAAAAGAUUAAUAGCUGCUCAAACAACAUAUCAAUGUCUGUUAAUUUAACCACAUUGCCAACAGAAUCUUCCCACUAAGACUUCAGCAUUAUAAAGGUUACAACAACCUUCAUCCAGGUUUAGUUUCAAAGCCCUCAGUACCGGCUCAGUUGGCAAAACAGCUCAUGUCACUCAGAUAGCUUAAAUUCAAAGCUAAUGAUCCCAUAAACAUCUUCAAUCAUUGCACAGCACUGCAUCGUGGUCCUUCGGAUAAACACCUGAGGAACUACUCGGAGGAGCUACUGAUCUUUUCUGAGUGUCAGGUCCUGGACUGGAAUAUGUUGCUACUGUUUUGCAUAUGAUGUACCUUCUUUGAGGGAAGGGAAGGGUAUAGCAGCUUUCCAGCAUGAUCAUAAGUGACGAUUUCACUUACUGAACUUUCGGUAUCCACCAAGACAUACGUUGUCCAAGCGUCCCUGCUUACUCUUAUUAGGCAAAAUAUUCUUACUUCUGUGGGAAAAACAGAGUCAGGUAACGUUUUUAGACUAAUUCCAUACAGGUUUAGUCUCAGUGCCCUCUGUAUGUAGGCUUUGUUGACACAAGAGCCCAGAUCACUCAGAUAGCUUGAUUUCAAAGCUAAUGAUCCAAUAAACAUCUUCAAUCAUCGCAUAGCACUGCACUUGUGAUCCUUUGGAUAACCAACUGAAGAACUACUCACAAGAGCAACUGGUGUUUUCUGAAGUCCUGGACUGGAAUAUGCUUCUAGUGUUUUGCGGAUGAUCUACCUUCUUUGAUGGAAAAAGGGGCGUAGCAGCUUUCCAGCAUGAUCGUAAGCGAAGAUUUCGUUUACUGAACUUCCGGUGUCCACAGAUAUACAUUGUCCAACUGUCUCCACUUCUGAGGCCAGAAUUGCUGUCAACUGAUAUAUACCUUUCUUCUGUGGGAAAACAACUGAAAGUCAGACAUGACGUUGCCAAGUGCACUAGCUGGUGCCAUUGCUCAAGAACUUGUGAAAGAUUUGAGUACAGAAAUCCAGGAUCAAAGCAAAUAUGCAAUUCAAUUUCCAGCUCAGUUCUCUGAGUUGAGAGAACAGCUGAAAUUUAUGCAAUCAUUUGUCGCUGAUGCAAGCAAGCUCAAAGACAAGCAAGAAACAGUCAAGAUGACCUUGCAAGAACUUCAGAAACUGAUCUACGAAGCAGAUGAUCUGGUUGUUGAUUGCCAGAUUCGAGAAGACUACACGGAAACAAAGGCUAGUUCUUUCAGCCUUUGUCUUUCUGAGAUGGCCUUUCGCUAUAAAACAGGGAAAAAGCUAACAGAAAUCAACAGCCACAUUAAAAGAAUGCGGGAAAAUUUGAACUCUUAUUACACUCCCAUUGCAAAGCAUUCAGAUAGUGAGAGCAAAAAUGGCAGAAAGACACUUUGGAGUUCCCCUGUUUUUGACCAAUCUGAAGUCGUUGGGCUAACAGAAAAUGUGGCAACAAUAAGGGACUGGAUUCUUGGUCAUAAUGAACCAUUGCUUCGCCUUGCAAUCGUGGGGCUGGGGGGUUUGGGUAAAACGACCCUAGCAAAGAUGAUCUAUAGAGAUGUGAAUCUCACGAAACGCUUCCAAGAGAAAAUUUGGGUCUCAGUUUCUCAACCAGUCAAUGAGACCGAAAUCAUGAAAAGCAUGCUGAGGCAACUCAAAUCUGAUGACAGCGGAUCCUCUAAAGGUGACAUGCUGAGUAGAAUCAGUCAAUUGCUUUCAGAAAAAACCUACCUGAUUGUUCUAGAUGAUGUCUGGAGCAUUGAAGAUGGUUGGUGGGAACGGAUCUCCAGUGGGCUACCCAAGACAGAGGGCCUCAACAACUGCAUUAUAAUCACAUCAAGGAUCAAGAAAGUUGUCAAGAAAAUGGGAGUUCGGGAUGCCCAAAUUCAUCGACCCAGACUUCUUAAUGAUGAAGAGAGCUGGAAAUUAUUCUGCAAGGUUGCACUGAUCUCUAAAGAAGAUGAAGAAAAUACUAAGUUAAUUGAAGAAGGAAAAGAGAUUGUUCAAAAGUGUGGGGGCCUUCCCCUGGCAAUCAAGACCAUUGGUGGUUUACUCUCAUCAGAAGCCAAGUGUUAUAGUGAAUGGACGAGGAUUCACAAGAACUUCCAUGAAAAGUUGACAAGUGCAGAAGGCAGUCGUGCUGGUGGUAAUCAGCAUGUGAUUGCCUCUCUGCAGCUUAGCUAUGAUGAGCUCCCUCCUCGCUUAAAGCAAUGCAUAUUGUGCUUCUCGAUUUAUCCAGAAGAUCAUGAAGUUGAUGUUGACCAACUGAUUCGCUGGUGGGAAGGAGAAGGAUUUGUCCGUUGUAGGAGCACA